GCGGGGCCAUGGCACGUACAUGGGGGAAGAGAAGCUCAUCGCAUCUGUGGCCGGCUCUGUGGAGAGAGUAAACAAGCUGAUCUGUGUGAAAGCCUUGAAAACCAGGUACAAUGGUGAAGUAGGAGACAUUGUAGUGGGGAGAAUCACGGAGGUUCAGCAGAAGAGGUGGAAGGUGGAUACCAACACCAGGCUGGAUUCGGUCUUGCUCCUCUCGUCCAUGAACCUUCCAGGUGGAGAGCUGAGGAGACGAUCUGCAGAGGACGAGCUUGCCAUGCGGGGCUUCCUGCAGGAAGGAGACCUCAUCAGCGCAGAGGUCCAAGCAGUGUUCUCUGACGGAGCCGUCUCCCUGCACACGAGGAGCCUGAAGUAUGGAAAACUAGGCCAGGGCGUGCUGGUGCAGGUCUCUCCCUCCCUGGUGAAGCGGCAGAAGACUCACUUCCAUGACCUGCCGUGCGGCGCCUCCGUGAUCCUGGGCAACAAUGGCUUUGUCUGGAUCUACCCAAGCCUGGAGCACAAAGACGAGGACGCAGGGGGCUUCAUCCCAGACCUGGAGCCUGUGUCGCUGACUGAUCGAGAGGUGAUAUCCCGGCUCCAGAACUGCGUGGUCUCACUGGUGACCCAGAGGAUGAUGCUGUAUGACACCAGCAUUCUGUACUGCUACGAGGCGUCCCUUCCGCACCAGAUCAAAGAUAUCUUAAAGCCAGAAGUAAUGGAGGAGAUUGUGCUGGAAACUCGCCAGAGGCUUCUAGAGCAGGAAGGAUGAGGAGCAGCUUCCGGGAUGGGAUUGUGUGCUUGGCUGCAGUGGUCCUGGGAAGUGCAGGGUCUGUUCUGGUCCCCACGUGCAGCCCAGACAGCAUCCCGCAGACUCCUGACUCUGCUCGGAGCGCAGUUGCUGUCCCCACCCCCAGUCCAGGCCUGCUUUCUCAUUUGGGACGAGGGGCUUGGUGGGUGAGCGGUGCCUCAUGAGUCCUAGCAGAAGAAGGUAAUGUUAGGUCUUUGGGAUGCACAGUGUCCUCCUGGAAUAGCAUAGAGCAGCCUUUGUCUUCCCUCACUCAUGAAGUUGUCUUGGUGCAAACCGUGGUGUCCCUGAGCCCCA